AUGUCCAAUAGUCAACCACCCCCUUCAUAUGGGGGUCACCCUAGCUAUGCACAGUGGCCUCCUCCUUAUCCCGGCAUGAUGCCUCCAAAUAUCCCACCCGGUCAAUACCCUCCCAUCCCGCCACCUUUCGCCAACAACGGCCAAUCCUUCCCAUUUAACCUGGGAGGUUUUGACGCAAACGCGACCAUCCCUAUGCCUCCCAACGGCGCACCAACUGGUCCUGGAAUUUUCUAUCCACCUCCUUUCCCUUUCAUGCAACCGCUCGAUACAUCACAAUUUCCAGCACAAUCAUUCCCCCCCGCGCCCAUGCCUCCGCUUGGCUACCCACAAAUGCCAGCGCCACCGGGGUCCUCACAACCUGCGCCCGGACCCUGGGACGCGAACUCUGCAGACGCAAGUCGAGCGCCAAUUUCUCAAUCACAGACGAGAGCCACCAGUUAUACGAAUUCCAAUCCCGAAGAUGGAAAAGUUGGCGAUGACGGAACAAGACGCGCUUACAAGGCGACGGAAGCCUCGAGACCUGACAAUGGGACCGGUCUUGUUCAAGGAUCUUCUGCUCCACAUGACGAUUUGGAAGAAGGCGAGACACUUUCAUCGCGAUCGUCUAGCAGAAGCAGCUCGCCUUAUAACCCCCCUCUAUCAGUUUCGGCCGAUGCCGACAUGGUAACCCGUGCGAUCGAGAUGCAAAAACGAGAAGUGACGACAGCGACUUCGGAGGAAUCACAGCCAUCUAUCCCGGCAGCACAGCUCAGACAACUUUACGAAGACAUCGGAAUUAAAAUCGCUGCACCCAAGGCUCAGACUAAGGCGGCGCCCAUAGCUGUCCCCUCGCAAUCAUCAAAUGCGCCCAAUGCGAAAGAUUCCAUGCCACAGGCUACGCCUGCUGUGAAGGCGGGGAAAACUACAGAGGUUGUAGUUUUGGACAGCGCAGGAGACAGGUCGAAGAAACCAGCAGUCAAGGAAUCUCUGCAGCCUGCCACGAAUACUUCUCCCCCAAGUACCAGCAAGCCCAUAGAAAGAAAAGAGCUUAUUGCCCGAAUGCUCGCUGCCAAAGCUGCUGCGAGAGCAUCCGAGCCCAAUGUCUCUCACAAAGACUCUCCUAACCUGACCCCACCAGCGGCCCCGGUGGCAAAGGCGAACGGAGCUGGUAUGAGAGAGAAAAACAAAGCACAAACAGAAUUGGCAAGGCAAAGGAUUGAAGAACUCAAGAAGCAAGCUAUGAUGAAAAGGGAAGAGAAGAACCAACAACUCAGCCAGACUCCUCCUGACCCGACUCAAUCUGAUGAGCCUUCAGACAGCGCUGCCCAAGCUGUGCAGCACCCUCUUCCUGUUCGCCCCCCUCCGCCGUCUUCCGAUCCCACCAAAAUUCCUGGCCUCUUUUUGAUGGGUUCCGAUCCAGAAAGUGGACUGCCUUCUACUCCUCCAGCAUCUCAGGUUAUUGCUGUCGACUCAACUCCAGUUUCUCGGGCAUCGCAUCGGAAGAGACCUCGGGCUUCUGAUUUCGAUGAGCCUGCCAACUUGCCAAAGAAGCCUUUCAGCUACUCUGCCGCCCCCUCCGAUUCAGAAAGCAAGCUUAUCAUCGACAUUAGCGAAGAUGAGUCUCUCUAUGGUGAUGACGAGGGUGCGAAUAUGGACGUGGACUCCAGUCCGGAACAGGACUUGGCCCCUGCUCCUUCCCUCGAUGCUAUCAAGUCAGCUCUUUCAAGGACAUCCUCGACCGGAAGGAUGUCAAGCUCUACCUCCCAGGGACACGACCAAGAGAGCAUCCGUGAAAGGGAUCUCCAGAUUCAGGCGAUGCAUCGCAGGAUAGCAGAGCUGGAACAAAAGCGAAAGGAAAAGCUUGCUGCCAGCCGCACUCAAUCGCCUCUCCCUUUGGGUGAUUCAAUGGCCUCGUCGAGUGGACAAUCCAGUGCUGCCAGCGCGGAUAUCCCCGAGACCCUCUCUGCGCCUAUCGUACCAGCCUUGAAAACCAAGUCGGCACAGGCCACGUGCACUCAUACUUCUACUCUUGUCGAUCGGCCGGAUCUCAUUGAUACAUUCAGUGCAUCCUCCAUCAGAGUCCUCGCCUCCAUGGAUAUUGCACAGUUGGACAGCAUCCGUUCUAAGAUCCUGCGUAUGAAGGAGAUUGAGUCUGGUCUCCCAGAACUAGACGCUGAAAUCGAGUCAUCUGAGCAGCGUCUGGCUGCCUGCAAAGAAGAGGCCAAUAUCCUGCUGGCUGAAAUCACCAAAGGCAAAGAAGGUCGUAUUCAACUUGUCGAUGAACUCAAAAGACUUAGUGAUGAGAUCGAUGGAUUGACUUUAGAAGAUCUUGAUGAACUUCGCCGACAAGCUGAGAUCAAGGAGCAGCAUCUUGCUACCAAAGAAGCUUCGCCGAUUUCACCGGAUUCUGCAGGCGCCAAAAGCAGCCCUAUUCCCAGCGCUUACGAUCUACACAAUACCGAAACGGUGACGGACAGACCCGAGACUCCCGCCAAUGGAACAGUGCAAAUUGACGACAUGGAGGAUGUUCAAGAGGCAGUCUCAGCUUCUGCAUCAAAUUCUGACGGGUCUGCCAUGCAUGAGUCUGACGAUAACGAAAGCUUCGAGGAAAUACCGUCCGUUCAAGAAGAGGAUUCUGUAUCAAGGCCUCCUGUCGACUCGGAGCCUGUCCUCGAAGUUGCUGCCGAGUCUAGUAACGAUUAUUCACACAUGGCAACUUCGGGUCAUCCUCUGCCCACGCAAUCGCCGUCAGCAGCUGAGGAAGACGGCAUGCUUCAAGAUCAAAGUCCAACCCAAGAUACCGAGCAAUCUCGACGGGAGACAUCGGAGGAAUCAGAAGACUAUGAGCCUCCUGAGCCUGAUACUGGUGCAGAAUCGCCUGGCUCGGCAUACAGUCCUCCCCUGAGUCCCGCCCCACUCGCCAUUCUGGAUGAUCCUCCGAGUUCUGUUCCUUUGCCGGAACAAUCUCUCGAUGAAGUGUUCAUCAAUGCGCCACCUCCCAUCCCGGCUUGGGAGCCACGACAGAUAACCGAAAUUCUUGGGGCACCUGGUGUACGAACACCUCUCCCUCCGGAGUACCACCUACGCAACUGGAGCCGAAAUUUACCCCCCUACAUCAGUCCGCUUAAGAUGUUCCAAGCAUAUCGCUUUCACCCCGAAUUCCUGAACGACGUUUCGGACGGUUACCGUUCGCUAACAUACAGCCAUGAUAUUGAUUCGAUGAAAAUGGUCUGCCCAUAUGAAUUGGCUGGUGGUGUGUGCAACGACAACACCUGUGGAUUCCAACAUUUCCGGGACAUGACUCCAAGCGUGCUAUUAACCUCGGCAGAUGACAAAAUCCUAGUGCAAAUGGGAGCUCUCCGCGAGGGCCAAACCGAAGAAGAAAAAGAAACGUAUCUGACCGGGUUAAAAGAAAUCAUCAACGGCAUGCGACGUGACAAGGUGAAAGAUUUCAUCACUGUGGCCAACGAGAUAGCCGCAUACCGUAGGCGUGUUCUCCAAGACCCAUCCCGAGUCUUACACCUGUAA